AUGUCCAUUAGAAAUGUUGCAAUUUGUGGUGAACCAUCAAGUGGAAAAUCCUCUCUUGUCCACUUGUUAAUCAACAACAAUCAUCAAACAAAUUCAACACAAAUUCUUUUUGAAACUUUUCAAUCACAACUUUAUUCAACAAGCCUAAAAUUAAAUUCUCAUCAUGAUGUUGAAGUAAAUUCUAUCCUCAACUUGGUGGAUUGUAUUGGUAGAUUAGAAUCACUCUCCCAAGUCAAGGCAGAUCUCAGAUUGACUGAUGGUUGUAUUAUGGUAGUUGAUGCAAGUUUACCAACAUUUGGAAAAUAUUCGGAAUUGGUUUUGAGACAAAUUUCACAGGAGAACAUUCCUCUUGUUGUACUGUUUAACAAAUUAGAUGAACCUUUGAUGGAUUGCAAUGUUGAUUUGGAGGAAAUUAACAAAUCAAUACAGAGGAUUGUUGAUUCAGUUAAUUUGGUGAUGAGCACAUUCAAUACUGAGAGUAAAUUAAGUUUGGAAAGUAUUGUAUUUGGAUCUACAAAGCAGGGGUGGGCUUUUACGUUGAAACAUUUUGCCAUGUUUUAUUCGAAACAAUUUGGAAUGAACCAAGAUGAAUUAUUAGAGAAAUUGUGGGGAGAUUGUUAUUACGAUGCAGAAAAUGGCAAAUGGACAAAUCAAUCUAAUGACAACAUUUUCCAAAGGAGUUUCUGUCAAUUUAUUUUAAAGCCUAUUAGGAGAGUAUUAGCAGCGUGUGAAAAAUCAGAGUUUAAUGUGUUAGAAGAGGUGUUAAAUCCUUUUGUGAAAAGUCUUUCAAAAACAGAAUACACGGAUCUCAGCAAGCAAGAAUUAAUCAACUCAACCAUGCAAAAAUGGCUAUCAGCCAACAACUCAAUACAUGAGUUGAUUUUUAAUCAAUUACCUUCCCCAGAAAAGGCUCCGUAUAACAGGGCUAAAAGUAUCUAUUCUGGCUCAAUUACAGACAAAUUCGGAACAGCCAUCAAGAAUUGUGAUCCAUGUGGUCCCUUAGUUGUACAUGUUUCUUCUAACAAAAUUAUUAAUGGAAAGAUUUAUGCAAUUUCAAGAAUUUUUUCUGGAUCUUUGAAAUCUGACACUAUUGUAAGAGUAUUUAAUUCAAAGCAGGUGUUUGAGGAAAAAUCUCUUCGAGGAAUUGUAAAGAUCAAUGGCACGAGUAUUGAACCUAUUGAAGAGGCAAGUUGUCAAUUCAAUCCUAUUAUUGGAUUGAUUGGAAUUGAAUCAUGUUUAACAAACAAAGGAUCCACAAUAACUGAGAGUACAGAAUUGGAGGCUAAACCAUUUAUUUCUGAUUCAAAAAGUAAUUUACCAAUGAUUAAUGUCUAUGUAGAGCCUAAGAAACAAGCCUAUCUUCCCAAACUUAUAAGAGGACUAGAAUUAAUUUACAAAUGCGAUUCUUCACUAUCUUUCACUUUGGAUGAAUAUACUGGAGAGAAGAUACUUACAGUUUUUGAUGAAAAACAUUUGGAUUCGGUGCUACACCAAUUUAAACAACUUCAUCCAAGUAUUGAACUCGAGGUUUCUGGACCCAUUGUAAAAUAUCAAGAAACAGUGACAAGUUCAUCUGCAAAUAUAACACUUGUAAAAACACCAAACAAACACAAUAGGCUAUGGCUCACUACUGAACCUUUAAAAGAGGAUGUAAUUAGCUAUUUUGAAUCAGGAAAAUUACCUAGCGAGCCUAAACAGAGAGGUAAAAUAUUGAAUGAAAAUUUUGGCUGGGAUUUGGUAGAUGCAAAAAAGAUUUGGUCACUUUGCGAAAAUAGUCUAAACGUAUUUGUUGACAAGACACAACAAGUUUGUUAUUUGAAUGAAAUCAAGGAUGCAGUAAUUCUUGGUUUUCAUAUUGCAACAAGAGAAGGGCCACUAUGUAAUGAAUUAAUGAGAGGCGUACGUUUUAAUCUUAAAGAUGUAGCCAUGUACAGUGAUGCCAUUCAUAGAGGCACUGGACAAAUAGCACCAACUGUGAAAAGAGGUUGCUAUGCUAGUGUAUUGGAUGCAGAGCCAAGUUUAUUAGAGCCAAUUUCUCUAAUGGAAUUCAAAUGUAAAAAAUCGGAAUUGAGUGCUGUUUAUUCAAUACUCAAUUCAAGAAGAGGAGUUGUGAUAGAAGAGCAACACACUUCAUCUGUUUUUGGAAAGGCUUUUUUGCCAGUUUCUGAAUCGUUUGGGGUUUUGCAAUACUUGGAUCAGUAUAACGUUUCGUCUCAAUUUAUUUUUGAUCACUGGCAGCCAAUACCUGCUAACUCAUCCCAAUUUCAUGACAUUGUGUAUAGAACUCGCCUCAGAAAAGGUCUACCAGAAAAGUUACCUUGCCAUUCUGAACUAGUAGACAAACUUUGAUGAAACAAAUUAAUGAAAAUUUAAAAAAAAUGGAAAAUAUUUUACUGGGUAAAGAAUUAUGUCAUCAUGAAGAGAAGGAAUUAAAUAGAUUUCAGUUCUAUUCUUCUUGAUUUGAAGAGAGUAACUAAACUCAAGCGAAGAUUGAAGCGUAGAUCUAAUUAGUAUUUCAAUGUUUCCUAUUACAACAAUAUUGUCAUCAUACAUAGAAAUGUGGAUAAUAUUCGAUGGAUUAAAGUUAUGACAGUGUUGAUAUUACAAGAGCAAAAUAUAGGUACUUUAGAACUCUUCUAAUUCCGUUUAAAAUUAUUGUAAAGACCAAUAAUCAAUCAACAAGACCAAUAAUUGUAAUUGAGGUUUUAGCAGAAACGAGAAAAUUCAAUCAUCAUUCGUUUAUUGUUGAAAAAAUUAGGAAAUGAUUGAAAAUUUAUUAUCAAUAACUGAUAUCAAAAUAUUGGAUCAAGCAAGAACUCCCAGAAUAUUUAUCCAACAACAAGAGGAAUAAAUAUUUCAAAAAUUUAAACAUCUAAUAAAUUUGAUUAAAAAAAAUUCAUAAUUUAA